AUGGCCCCGGAGGCUUUGGAGGCCCCGGAGGUCCAGGAGGUCCAGGAGGCCCACCUCAUCACGGCGGCCCAGGGGGUCCAGGUGGUCCUCCCGGUGGUUUUGGUGGCCUGGGAGGUCCAGGAGGCCCACCUCAUCACGGUGGUCCAGGGGGGCCAGGGGGACCUGGUGGUCCUCCCGGCGGCUUUGGUGGACCAAGAGGUCCUGAUGGCCCCGGUGGCUUCGGUGGUCCGGGAGGUCCAGGAGGCCCACCUCAUCACGGCGGCCCAGGGGGUCCAGGAGGCCCUCCCGGAGGCUAUGGUGGUCCUCCUGGUGGCUUUGGUGGCCCGGGAGGUCCAGGAGGCCCACCUCAUCACGGUGACUUUGGGGGUCCAGGUGGUCCAGGUGGUCCGCCUCAUCAUGGCGGCCCAGGGGGUCCAGGAGGCUUUGGGGGUCCAGGCGGCCCACCUCAUCAUGGUGGAGGCCCUCGCUUCUGAAGAUAGUACAGCAGCCCACAGCGGCCUAUAG